CGGACGUAGGAAGGGUUGCGCGCACCUCGCAUCCGGUCUCACGCGUCGCGACUGCGGAUCAACUUUUCAGCAUAUUGCAGCGGCUAAUUGAAUGGGUCACGCGAACGAUUUUUUUCUAAGGUCCACUGUCGUUUCCUGCGUCGUGGUGCAGCCGAUUUCUCGACGGCGCCGAGUCGAUGUUGAUGACGAUGUCGAGCUGAUGUCGCACCGCAUGAGAAUCGAAAUAUAUUGAGCAGUUCAUCGUGGGGGAUAAUCCCGGUAACCGACGAACAAUCACAGAUAAAUUGGGACAUAAAAAUGAGAAUGGAAGAGUGGUGACGUGGCCAUCAAUCGCGGUCAAAACGUUCAAUUAUUGCUAAACGGUGCAAAAACCCAUUGUGUUUCUUCAGGAGGUGAAAAAAAAAUAACAGAGGAGCGGCAAGGAAACCGCCGCGCGUUUGAUUUUCAUAUAACAAAAGCCAUUUUCGCUUAUCUGUUGCCGCGAAAGGACCGGGAACGGCGUAGGAAUCUGCAUCUGCAUUUAGAAAGCUUUUAUCAGUCCGACAUCGCGUCAGAUGUGAUCUUACAACGUUCGCUUUAACCGCGGCGGCUCCUCGUCCCGUGUUUACUUAAAAUAAAUAGGAAUUUACGGGUGUGCGGCGAUUUAAUCGGCGGGCCGGGCUGGGGCGCGCGGCGAAAGUGAAUUCGGGGGAGUAAUGCGGCCUUGCGGUCCUCAUAACUGCCACGAAUAAACAUUCAUUUGGUAUAAUAAAGGCAGUGACCCCGGAGCAGAUUACGCGACGAAAUGAAGCGGCGCAAUUUAGCAUCCGCCGCCCACUCCCACACCCACACCCACAGCCACAGCCACAGCCACUCGCACGGCCAGGGCCACGGCCACGCUGCUCACCCGUCCUCUUCCUCAUCUUCUGGAUGCGAGGGGAAAAAAUCGCCGAGCUCUUGGCCCCUGUACAGCUUAGUGAGCACCGUCGCCGUCGCUUGCUACUUGAACGGUCUUAAUGGCGAUUUCGUGCACGAUGAUAUCCCUGCAGUGACUUUUAAUAAGGACGUUCUGGCAAUCAACCCCAUUAGCCAUGUCUUCGCCAACGAUUUUUGGGGCACGCCGAUGGCCGACGUUGCCAGCCACAAGUCCUACAGGCCCCUCACCGUUCUCACCUUCAGGGCGAACUACGUCAUGUUCGGAUUGCAGCCGACGUGGUUCCACACGACGAACGUGGUGCUGCACGCAGCCGCCUGCAUCUUGUUCACCAGGGUGUGUCUGUGCGUGGCGGGACUGAGGCCGCCCUUCGCCACCCUCGCCGGCCUGCUCUUCGCGGCGCACCCCAUCCACACCGAGGCGGUUACUGGAAUAGUUGGACGUGCUGAUGUCCUGGCUUGCGUAUUCUUCCUGGUCUCCCUUCUGGCCUACCAUGGGCAUCCGGACGGCAAGUGUCACAUCUGGAUUAGCGCCGCGCUCGGCGGCCUCAGCAUGCUGGCGAAAGAGACCGGAGUCACGGUGUUUCUACUUAAUUUGGCUUAUGACUUCUACUUACAUUGGCCCAGCAUAAAAAGGACAAUGGUGGAAGUUAAAUGGAAUGCCGAAACACUGCAAUUCGCAAAUAGGGCAGCGAAGAUUUUGACAACGUUUGGAAUUUUGCUCGCCGUACGUCUGGCACUUUUACAAGGUUCGUUGCCCAAGUUUUCUCAGCAGGAUAAUCCGACGGCCUUCCAUCCAUCACUGUAUGUAAGGGUCCUCACUUUUGGGUACUUGGCAGCGUUUAACUGGUGGCUGCUCCUGUGUCCUGCCACGUUGUCCCACGACUGGCAAAUGGGCUCGGUGCCGCUGGUGACGUCGAUAAGUGAUUCCCGGAAUCUAGUCACGUGCUUUUUCUUCGGACUCACUUUCUUGUUGGCCGUAAAAAGUUUAUCGGACUUUGAGAACCAAAGGCAUGUUCCAAUUGUUUUAGGAUUAAUGCUCCUUGUGUUGCCUUUUUUGCCCGCCACGAAUUUAUUAGUUACUGUUGGUUUCGUGGUGGCGGAGAGAGUUCUCUACAUUCCCAGCUUGGGCUUCAUAUUGCUGGUGGUGUACGGGGUGCAGACGAUGUGGCACACGUGCACCAACCACAGGCAGACCAUCAUAUUUUUUAUAAUGUUAACGUUAACGGCGAGUAGUUUACGGACAGCGCUAAGGAACAAGGACUGGCGGUCCAGGGAAUCCUUGUUAAGGGCCGGGCUAAUGACGUUGCCGCACAACGCCAAGAUGCAUUACAACUACGCGAACUUCCUGCGAGACUCAGCCAGGCCCGAAUUAGCCAAAGCUCAUUACCAUAAUGCUUUGAAUCUGUGGCCGACGUAUGCGAGUGCACACAACAAUUUGGGAACACUUCUCGAAGACAAACAACAAGCGGAGCAGCAUUUUCUCGCCGCCAUACGUUAUUCAGGGGAUCACGUGAACGCCCACUACAAUUUGGGGCAGCUCUACAGGAAAACAAAUCGUUCCCACGACUCGGAGAAAAUGCUGAAGAAGUGCAUCAAGAUCGAACCCAGAUUCACUGCGGCCUACAUUGAAUUGGCGAAGCUUCGAGGCCCUAACGACAGAAGUGUUAGCCAUUUAUUGAGGCGGGUGGUCGAUUUGAACCCCACCGAUCCAUACUACGGCACCACUUACGGACACUGGCUUUUAGACAAAGCUAAUUAUUUGGAGGCGAUGCGGUACUACUGGAGAUCAUUAAGGCUUUCACCGUCGCAUCGAUCCUCGAUGCAAGGCAUCAGUAAGCUCCUGAGGAAGUUUGGCCAAAAAUCAAGAUUAUUCCAACUUGUCACGAGAUGGCACACAAUACUGAGGAUUAAAAGAGGCGACUUCCUGCUGAGCCCUCCGGUGUACCUCCAAGGCUGGCAACUGAAAAGUGAGCUGAGCCACAAGGCUAAGGCCUACGACGUGUCUCCCGCCCUAAUGGAACCUUCAUGCGUGACCCCCUCAUCUAAAACUGACAACUACUCGUCCGGCGACCUGACGAACAAAUGGCAAAAGAACAAGAGGAACAAGACGAACGGCCCCCCCAAAGAGUGCAAGGUCCAGGAGAACAAAAUAGAGAAGCAACGCCGACCGUUGAUGGUCCACCACUUGUUGGACAGUGUAUGAAAGAGGAGCAAUAAUACAAUUGGAGCAAACAGAGUCCUUGUAAACAACGGAAUGUAACCAUAAGUUUAGCAUUUGUUGCCGUUCGUUUCGUUUGAAUUGUGGUUACAUUACUGAUUAAAAGCAAUUUGGAAAUGUUACAUUGAUGAGUUUUACUUUUUAUGUUAUUUUGGGUCACGUAAACUAAAAAAAAUUAUAAUUAUAGGUAGCAAGACUGAGUAACUGAGGCUUCUUAUUACAAUCGAAAGUAAAGCUUGCCAAAACCACACUAUUUGUAAUUAAUUAAAAGCAAUAUAAAAUAAAAAGUAAAACUUGCCAAAAAUUUAUAUUUUUAUAUUAACAAUUACGUUGAUAAGUUUUAAAAUUGAUUGAUAUAUAACAAAGAGGGUGUACAAGGAUAUUUUUCUACAUUGUAGAACGUGUAGAACGACGGAAUUGAUUUGAGUUUGUAGCCAGUUAAGCAUCUUUUGUACACUGUAUUCAUUAGCCUACUAAUUAAAUAGUUAAGCGAGUUGCUCACGCCACUUACUUACUUCAAACAUAAUAUUUUAUAAGCUGACAACAGUAUUAGUUUUGUGACAAAUUUAUUAUUACUAUCAAAGACCAUUGUUUAAUGAAUAAGUUUGAUGAAUUUUUGAUGUGUCCAGGGUACUAAAGUAAGGUCCAAAAUUUAAUAUUCUAAAAGUUUUCUUUCUUAUACUAUAUAUGAUAUUUUUUUAAUAAGUUCUAUUACAUUGUUCUACGAUUAAUAAUAACUAUUAGUACAAGAUCAAUGUCGUUGAUAAAAUAGGUUAAUAGAUAGUCUUUACCUACUUGUAAAAAAAAUAAAUGUCUCUGAAAUAAUACUUAUAAUGUAGUUAAUCGACAGAUAUCGAUAAAAUAAAAUAAUAAGGUUGUGUAGUAACAGUUGAAAUAUCGUACAAUUAAACAUAAUGGACUAAAUAAAUAAUAGUAAAUAUCAGCAUUUAUUAUUGCCAAUUUAAUUCCCACGUCCCGUUCCUUAAAUAAUCUAAAAACUAAUCGAUGAUGAAGAUUUUAUCUUAUUUAUUUAUUUAUAUGAAAGUUUGUUAAAAAUACAUACAUUAUCUGUUCACGUAGAUAGAUAUCGAAGAAAAUCUUUGGACAAAUGUUAAUAAUAAUGUUUACUCAGCUUAUAAAAUAUCCCCCAUCAGUAUUACGUAAAUUAAUAAUAAUGUAAGAACCAAAUCCGGUUGACAGUGUUAAAUAAAUAAAUGUAAAUAAUAAAAUCAGUAUUAAUUUUUAGACUAAGACUUCGACUUAUAAAUAUUUUAUAAGACAUUGUUGAUAACUAAGGUUCCAUAUACACAAUUUUAUAUUAUUACAUGUGAUCAAAUUGUGAAUGAAUUAGUUGAAUAUUAGCUUGCCGUACAUAAUUGUAAAUAGCUGGUUUAUCGGUUCGUUCGUUAGGUAUGUUAUUUAGGUACUUUAUUUGUAAGGGGCCAUUAACUCUGUAUACUAAAUAACCAUGCAACAACGUUUUUGUUCUAUAAAUGUAAAUUCCUUCUUUUAAACACUGUACAUUUAUUGAUUGUAUAGUUUUUUGAUAAUUAAUAAAGGUCAUUUAAUAUUUAA